UUUUCAGCCUUUAAAUAUUUACUUUUAUUCGUUUAUAAUAUUUGAAGAAUUUUAUGUGAAACUCUUUUUGAUUAAGUAAUAAAAACUCAAAAGUCUAAAUAUUAUUGUUUGAUGUUCAACAUAAUAAUAUCUUAAUCAAACACGUGUUGCAUUUUUUCCCCGUUUGUACUUUAUAUAUUUCAUGUUUUCGGAAACAUCAAAAUGCCGCGUGCACUAUUAGUGCAAAUGUAUCUAACAUAAUUAUGUAAAAAUAAAGUGUUAUAGUCGCUCUCCUUGACAUGUACAUAAAAUAAAAUAGCAUUACUUUGACCAGUAUUUGCCACUAGCUAAUUAACUUUGUCAGAGCAGGGACCCAUAGAACGUUAUCUGAAAUAUGAUUGUAACAAAUUUAUCGUUAUGAAAAUACCAUUAUCUCGAUUCAUUUAUACAAGAUCACGUGGCCCGGUAUAAUAAACAUAAAAUGCCAUUUAUGCUAUAAAGUAAAUUAUAUUCGUCCUGAUAAAGUUUCCUUCAAAUAAAUCGAUUGUAUUUGUUCACGACAUUUAUGAGAUUGGACCGAGCUGGGCUAAUAAAUUUUGACGUAUCCAUUAGGAUUAUACGAAAUUUGUGGAUGUGAAUUAGAUGAUAUGUCCAUGUGAAGAUGAUGGAAGCGGAUGAGAACACCCGGAUGAUGAUACAGCUGGCAUCCAUGAUGAUGCAAAAUCAGACAGCAAUGAGGGAGACCCAGACGCAGCUCGAAGCCGCGGCAUCCAGGGAAACUUCUGUGGAACCAAAUGGGUCACAGAAUAAAAAGCAAGCACCUAGUCCAACUGCACUCCAGUCUGGUACUAAUCCCGCUACAUUUGGUAUGGAUCCAAAACUUAUGGCAGAGUUUGCUCGACAGAUAGUUAUGAAUGCGAACAACUUAGCGGGUCAAGAUACGGCGCAAAAACGGAACCCGACGGAAAAACCCGCCACAAUAGCGCAGAUUAUACAGUCGCAACAAAAGGGACAGUCCACGACAGCGAAAAAUACCAGUGAAGGCAAAAUAUUUGUAUAUAAUCAACUCCCUGAUGCGAAUGUUUCUCAGACAAAUGGUGAUUUGAAGCCAGAUUUGAACACGCUUGCAGCUGCAGCGGCAGCGAAUGGAACUUUCCAGCAUUCUAGCACAUCAGGACACACCAGCACCAUUGGACCAAUCAGAAACAAAUAUGGCAGAGUACUUAGACCCGGCAUUGAUAACUUUGGCCGUUUCGAGGCUGUUGCUAACCCAGGACUCAUCAUGCACGCUAUGGAAUUACUACGGCAAAAAGAUAAGAAGAAACGGGGACCAAAAGAAAAAGAGACAUUUUCAGUGUUUAUGUAUUGUCUACCAGACAAGAACUCGAAACUUCCCAAGUUUUCCUCACUAGAUCCAAUUGAGAGGGCGCUUGUAGAUCAACAUCAACAAGAAGGAUAUGGGUACCCAUCUCAGGAUUAUAUCAACGGUAUACCAAGGAAGACCCAGCUAUGUUUGUCAUUCGAUGAGAAAAAGUUCCAUGGAUACAUGGUUGCUUUGUACCCAAAGCUCGGAGGCCGCCUGUACGACAUGUACCGCAUUGACAAGACCCGGCGUCUGAUCAGAGUAGAGGCCCACUCACCUCGACAACUUAAAGAUAUGAAAUACCAAGGAAGCCUUAUUGUUAUACCAUAUGACACGCAAGAGGACCGACCGGCUGCGGUAAUUCACAGAAACUUUGAUGAUGUGUACAACAAUAACAGUGCCCCUUCGCUAGGCAACCCUUUAGCCCUGAUGCAAAAUUUCAAUAUUCCUUUAACUAGUCUACCAGAACUGGUUCCAGAGGUAUCUGUGAAUAGUAAAGUUGACACGAAGAGAGAACUACCCGUGUUCCCAGGACAACCGUUGCCAGUGACAACGGAGAUAAAUGGAAAAGGCAAAGAGAACGGCAGUUGUUGUCCCAAAGAAGAUAUGGAGACAAACAGCGAGGUUACGGACAUCGACUCUGACUUUGAUGAUGUGAAGAUACUGCAAAUGGCGCGAGACAUGAGGCAACACCUGAAAGAGACCAAGCAUAUUCACAUUAGGCCGGAUUCUCUGUUCACCGACAUACUUAAUGCCUACAGAGAAGACACAAGCUUAGAAAAACACAAGAUUUCCGUCUGUUUCCAACCUCACAAUUCCCGCGAAAAUGGAUGUGUUCAAAAUGACGACCGAAUGGAACCCAGUACCGUGUUUGUCAGUUUUUGGGAAGAAGCGUUCCGAAAUCACUUUACUGGAACCCAUCAUCUUGUUCCCUUGUUAGAUCCAUCUUCAUCCAACGACUUCUUUCAAAUCUGCGGAAGGAUACUGGUGCAUGGUUUAGUAUUUGGAAACUAUUUCCCUAUCCGAUUCUCCCCUGCUUGCCUUGCUGCUCUAGUCACAGAGUCCUGUUCUGAUCAACUUGCGCUGACAUCUUUUUAUCAGGCUAUGUCAGAGUCAGAGAAAGAUGUUUUAGAGACUGCUAUUGCUGAACUUAAAUCAGGGGCAGAAAAUUAUUCUGCCAAAAUUGAGAGAUGUGUGAAAGUAGUUCUAGGGAGUUAUGGGUGCAAGAACAUUCCAGAAUCGUUUGAACUUGAUGCAGCCAUGAUCAGUAUUGCAAAGACCUACUUACUUUAUCAGCCUCAUUGGUCCCUCUGUCAGGUGCGAGCAGGUAUGUCUGCAGCAGGAUUCGACCUUGCAGAAUUAGGCGAAGAAGAUGUCAUUCAGCUCUAUCAACACCUUACCCCCUCUGUGCCAACUAUCUUGCAGCGAGUCUGCUACCACCCUGCUGAAUCCAGCAAGAGCGAAGACAAAGUCAAAGUUUUCUUCGAGCAGUAUUUGCAUAAAAUUUCUAGAAAUGCGCUGCAGAAAUUUCUUCAGCAGUGGUGCGGUUUUGACUGUUUGUGCGUCAGAAAGCUUACAGUGAAAUUCACAGAUGACGAGUCCGUCUCCGUGUUUACACCAAAGGACAACACCGUGCACUUGCCACAAGCAUGUACCUCCUUGCAAGAAAUGUCUCAGGUUUUUGAAAUUCAUGUUCCCACCAUAACUACAGAAAGCAGAAACGCUUGGGAAUAUACUUUGUGACGAAAUUGUAACAUUAAGUAUGCAUGAGAGCGCGAGCACGUGUGUGUACUAACGUCACUGCUAUUGCUAUACCAGACAAGCAAAAAAUGAAUAGAGAAACGUUAUGCAAGAGGAUCUAUAUUGUGUUAUUUUGCACUGACAACAAUAUUGUGAACAAUAUUACGUGAAGUUAUCUGGUUAUACAAUUUAGAGAUGUUCAUACCUUAAUUAAAACAAUGGAGAAAGUAUAAUGCCAUAUAAAUGUACUAUAACGUGUAACAGAUCUGACUUUUCAUUUGUCAAGGUAACAAACUGUUUAAUAUUAUGAAAUAGAAAAUAAUGUCAGGCAAAGUUACUCUUUACAGACUAACUUGAUUGUAUAACAUUCUGUAUAUAUGUAUAUAAGUAUGUACACUUAUUCCCUGGGACCAAACCCAUCACAAAACCAUUUGACUUUUUUCAAAUUUAUUUCAGUCAUUAAUUGAUUUUUUCCUAGUCAUAAAAUUUCCAAAGUAAAUAGCAUGCAAUGAAUGAAUAAAACAAUACCCAUAAAACA